UUGGGACAGGGUCUCUUCUCUCCGUCUCUCUCCCUCACCGUCUCUCUCUCUGAAAGACUAGUCCGAGAGUGGAAUUCUGACCUUGGAAAUUCCUCAAGUAAGGUGGGUUCGACAACAACUACUAUGAUGUUGAAACUGUAACUAUAAUUGAAACUAUAGUUCAUUUGCUAGGUUGCUCUCCCUUUGAGUUCUCUGUCUUCAUCUGAUGUUAAUGGGUAUGUAAAAAUCUGUUCUUUAUGGGAAAAUUUUGUGGUCCAACCGAACCGUCCAAGUCAUUUUUCUCAUAGAUGUUUAAGUAUUGCUGAAAAAGGGUUGGUGACACUUACCGAAGAAAACAAAAAAAAGGAAAGAAAAUGGGAUGGUGGUGGAUCUUUUAAAGAUAUUCAGCUGUGUUAUGGAAUAAAACUGAGGCUUUCAACUUUGCUGCCCUGCCUGAAAAUACUCCCUGGACCAUUAUAGAGGGACCUGGCAGAAUCUGAGUAAAUUAUUCUUCAAUGCAAGCAUCACAGCAGCAAAGAAGUUCGGGCAUGUCCAACGGAUUGUACUAUCAACCAAUUCGAGAAGUUGAGGCCUACUGCUUGCCUCAGUUUCGAACAUUCGACAACCAGCUACGCUACAAUGAUAGCAGCCAAGGGACCAACUUCUCGGCUCAAAACUUCUACGAACGGUAUUGCACUUUGGAGUCAUCCCCAGUAAAUGGUGAUGCUGUUUAUAAUUCCCCAUCAACUGUCAGUUUCACACCCAAUGGAAGCCCAGUGUCGCAGCAAGAUUCUCAGUCACACCCUGCUGACCAGCAUCAUUCCCCUGACAAUACCUAUGGCUCUUCUGUAAGUGGAUCCUGCAUAACUGAUGAAGGAAAUGACUUCAAGCACAAGCUGAAAGAACUGGAAACUGUAAUGCUGGGUCCCGAUUCCAACGUUCUUGACAGCUAUGAUAGCACCUUCCAGAAUGUCACAAACAAUUCCUCACCGGAAAUGGACAGCUGGAGACAAAUAAUGGAGGCAAUUUCUAGUAGGGACUUGAAGCAGAUCCUCAUCUUCUGUGCACAAGCAGUAUCAGAUAAUGAUCUGUUAGUGGCACAGUCGUUGAUGGAUGAACUACGUCGAAUGGUCUCUGUUACUGGUGAACCAAUUCAAAGGUUGGGAGCAUACAUGUUGGAAGGCCUUGUUGCACGGCUGGCCUCCUCAGGGAGUAACAUUUGCAAAGCAUUGAGAUGCAAAGAACCAGCAAGCGCGGAACUCCUCUCUUACAUGCACAUUCUUUUUGAGGUUUGCCCUUACUUCAAAUUUGGCUAUAUGUCUGCAAAUGGAGCCAUCGCAGAAGCUAUGAAGGAUGAAAACAGAGUUCACAUUAUUGAUUUCCAAAUUGCCCAGGGGAGUCAAUGGGACACUUUGAUCAAGGCUUUUGCAGCUAGGCCUGGCGGGCCGCCCCACAUCCGCAUAACAGGUAUUGAUGAUUCCAUGUCAGCUUACGCUCGUGGAGGAGGACUAAAUAUUGUGAAGAAGAGGCUAUCUAAGCUUGCAGAGAAGAAUAAGGUGCCAUUUGAGUUCCAUGCUGCAGCCAUGUCUGGUUGUGAUGUCCGGCUAGAGAAUCUUGGGGUUCGACCUGGGGAACCUCUGGCUGUGAACUUCGCUUUCAUGCUACACCACAUGGCUGAUGAGAGUGUCAGCACUCAGAAUCAUCGAGACAGGCUACUGAGGCUGAUCAAAAGCCUGUCUCCAAAGGUGGUGACCCUUGUUGAGCAAGAAUCUAACACGAAUACUGCAGCAUUCUAUCCGCGGUUCUGUGAAACACUGAACUACUACACUGCUAUGUUCGAGUCGAUUGAUGUGACCCUUCCAAGGGACCAUAAGGACCGUAUCAAUGUCGAGCAGCACUGCUUGGCAAGGGAGGUGGUUAACAUAAUAGCCUGCGAGGGGCCAGAGAGAGUGGAACGGCAUGAGCUUCUUGGCAAGUGGAGGUUGCGGUUCAAAAUGGCCGGAUUCACUCCAUACCCUUUAAGCCCCGUGGUGAAUGGCACCAUUAAAUCACUGCUGGAGAACUAUUGUGACAAAUAUAGGCUUGAAGAAAGAGAUGGAGCUCUUUAUCUCGGCUGGAGGAAUAGAUCUUUGGUUGCUUCUUGUGCAUGGAAGUGAAAACUGGGCUCCAAUUGAUGCAUUUCUUAGGAAGCGAAAACUAGGCGCCAAAGGGCCAGAGCUUUCGAGGUAGAACGCGUAGUUUUGGUCCAUUUUUACUUAGCUGCUAACAGCUUAUAAAGAAGGUGCCUUAGGCUUAGGAUGUGUGCCGUUUCAUCGUUGGCCAUUUUCAUUGAGACCAUUUUAAUGCCCUGAACUUUCUUGUUUUGGCAGGCUGAGGAUGAAACUGAUUGCUGGUGCAAUUGCAGGGUUUCAUCAUGGAUGUAAUUUUGAAUAAUUUGACAUCAAUGUUUAUUUUCAAAGAAAGUUGGAUAUUGGUUUUGGAAUAUGCAUUAUUCAAUGUUUUUAUUAAGAAAAAUUUGAAAAGAAUACAAAUUUAUAGAA